AUGGCGCCUAUCAAUGAAGAAUCAUCAAGAUCAAGUAUAUUCAUUCCACUUGACUUUAAAAAAUAUAUGGAGGAUCAAAACCGCAAACACAACGAUGGUACUGAAACCGAUCCAAGAACAGCUAACUUGGAAAAAUAUAUAAUAAGAAAUGGCAACGAUGAUACUGAAACCGCUCCUUCAAAAUCCAUUACCUAUCUCAGCUGGACACUCAUCGUCAAAAUAAUCGUCAUAAUAAUCUUCCUCAUCAUACGUUUUGUUCAUCCCUCAAAACCAGAAUUCAUCAUUCAAGACGCCACCAUUUUCACCUUCAAUCUCUGCACGGGGGAGCCGCCAUCGUCGACGACCCUCCUCUCCUCCACUCUACAAAUCACCAUCGCCUCCAAAAACCAAAACGGUCUUUCGGCGGAUAUCUAUUACCACGAGCUGAGUAUCUACGGAGAAUACAAGAAUCAACGAGUCACUUACGAAACAGACAUUCCACGUUCAUAUCAGAAAAAUAUGGAGGAUAAUGUUUGGUCUUUGUUUAUCAACGCUACCAACGUACCUAUUUCUCCGUUCAACGUACCUUUUCUUAAACAGGAUCAGUUAAACGGGAUUAUUAAUCUUACUAUUAAGCUUGAUGGUAAUGUAAGUUGGAAGGUCUGGAGUUUAAAUACCCGUAAGUAUCAUAUUCAUGUACGCUGUUCUGCUACGAUGGAUUUUGGUCAGGGUAAAUUCACUACUAACGAUGCUAUUAACGGAGACUUUCUCUUUCCCUCCGUCAAGUACAUCCUCUUUAAGCGAUGCAAUGUCGUCACCGUCUAA